UCAGAGCGGGUCAUGGGAUCUGACAGAUGCUGACUAAACGAGAACUCUGAGUGAUGUUUCAGGUUCUGGAUGCUUAGUUUGAUCUGUCAAUGAGUUGGAUGUUAAUGGAUAACAGACUGGUGCUGCCUGGACUGGUUUUUGUUGUUGAUUGAAGAAAAUGUGCUGUUUCUCCCAAAGAUCCAUGUAUGAAGUUGGAAUGAAGUUGUGGAAAGUCUAUCUGGGGGUUUAAACUAUUUCUAAAGUUCGAGCUUUUGUUGGUUCUAAAUGGGGAACACCACUCGGAGAACCCAACCUCUUCUAGAGGAGACAGACUUCUUUAAUGGAGGGGAUCCAGAUUAUGCAGAAUCUCAGAAGUCUCACCUCUCCUCUUUCACGAUGAAAUUGAUGAAGUUUCAUUCGCCAAAGAUUAAACGAACUCCAUCUAAAAAGAGCAAACAACUGCAGCCGGAGCCGGCGGUAAAAACUCCCGAGAAACCCGUCAACAAGAAGGUGAGCCGAUUGGAGGAGCAGGAGAAGGAGGUGGUGAGCGCUCUGCGUUACUUCAAGACGAUCGUGGACAAGAUGAGCGUCGAUUCCAAAGUUCUCCAGAUGCUUCCUGGAUCAGCCAGUAAAGUUCUGGAGGCCAUUCUGCCUCUGAUGCAGGUGGAGGCUCGAAUACAGCACAAUUCGGCAAUGUCCUCCUGUCAUAACCGUGUGUAUCAGAGCUUGGCGAAUCUCAUUCGCUGGUCCGACCAGGUGAUGCUGGAGGGUAUCAACCUUGAUGACAAGGACACUGUGGCAACCGUCACCACGGUGAUCAAAGGUGUGCUGGAUGGCGUGAAGGAGUUGGUGAAACUCACUAUAGAGAAACAAGAGCAACCGUCCCCGACGUCACCCAGCAAACCAGCGCUCCCUGUGGCCAAAACAGAGAGUGUGUGUGAAAAUCCGUUAACUGAACGAGAGAAGGCGAUCCUGAGUAAGACCACACCCAUAGUCACGCCCACUGACAGCUUGACUGACAUGUCAGAGGAGGAGGUAGCUCCGCCCAAACCUCCUCUACCAGGGCUGAAACUAGCAGAGCAUAGCCCGCCCGCUCUGCCUCCGAAGAAACGCCUGUCGGCCUCCUCCCCCACGCGUGUUGCCGUGGUAGCGCCGAUGAGUCGAGUCUCAUGUGGUCCUCCUGGAGCCCUGCGACAGCAGCAGGAAUUUGAUGCGGACCUCCUCCAGAGGCGGUUCUCCGGUGGCAGCCAUUCAUACGGCGGGGAUUCGCCCCGCCUCUCGCCCUGUAACAGUAUGGGAAAACUCAGCAAGUCAGAUGAGCAGCUGUCCUCCCUGGAGCGAGACAGCGGGCAGUGUUCUCGCAACACAAGCUGUGAAACACUAGAGGGGUAUGAUCCAGAUUAUGACUUCCUGCAUCAGGAUCUGUCUGUAUCCGAUCCAUUACCAUUUCCCACGGGAACCUGCAGCAGUCUUAGCCCUCUCCCAGAGUGCCACGGGGAAACUCAAACGUUAAGCCCCGUCCCGGUCCCCACCCACCCCCGUUUCAGUGCUCCGGUGACCAAUCAGGCUUCCAUGGACUACUUGACCACACCCCUUACGCCCGGAACCAACAGUACUGUUUUUCCACCUGCACUCCCACAGAAAAAGCGCAGGUCUGCACCAGUCAUUUCGAGUCACCCUCUGUAUGAGCGCCUCCCAUCACACUACGACAACCUAUCAGAAGAGGAGCAGCCCACGCCGCCGUUCCCGCUGCUGACAUCAGUGUCGCCUCUACCACAGGUCAACGGAGAUGACCUCUUACAGUGUCAGUAUGCUGACAGCCCACCGCCGCUUCCCGAGAAGAAGGGCAAACAAAUCCUGCAGUACAUGCAGUUUGUGGAGGAUUAUUCGGAGCCGCAGCCGUCCGUCUUCUAUCAGACGCCACAGAGCGAGAGUAUUUACGAGCGGAGGAAUAAACGUUUUCAGGAGGUUUAUGGAUUUAACGAUUCCUACAGCAGCUCGGACUCCAUGCACGAACCCGUCCCACCUCCAGCGCUGCCACCCAAACAGAGACAGCUGGCCUCCUACACCUGUCCCACUUCAUCCUCCUCUUCCUCUCUUUCAAUUCACCCUCCUUCUGCUGGGCUUCCGGAGGAGGCGGAGCCUGCUCUUGGUCUCUGCCUAUCAGUAUCUAACUCCUUCCUUAGUGGCCACACCUCUUUGACCACACCCGUGAGUUCCGACCUGAUUGGCUUGACCAAUGCCGGCAGAGCUCUGGAUGGUGGGGGUGUCUCUAACGGGUCCUUGACCAGCUCUCUGGUUUCUCUGGCUGUCUGUCUUCCUUCGGAGUCAUCACUCUCUGACUCACUGCUUACCUCUGCGAGUGAAAGUAUUGACGAAGGUGGCGAGGGAGAAUACGUGAAUCUGUACUCGUCCACACAGCCUAACGGAGAUAACACACACCGCACUGACACUUUAUCUUGUGAUGAUGUGCUUCAAGACCAUGCCCCUCACAUACCCUCAUCCAAUAGCAAGGAAGUGUUGUCUAAGGACAGGUUGAAGCAGUCCAGUCAUGAUCCGGUGGAUGAUGUUGAUGAAUUGUCCCUCAUUGAUCACAAUGAGAUUAUGACCCGCAUCACACUCAAAGCAGAGAAUGAUGAUGGUCCUGAUGUGAGAGCCGGCUCUGGUGAUAUACUGUUAGUUCACGCUACAGAAACAGACCGCAAAGAUUUGGUGUUGUACUGUGAGGCUUUUCUCACCACCUACAGGACGUUCAUAACGCCGGAGGACCUCAUUAAAAAGUUACACUACAGAUACACGCUUUUCUGUCACAGUCCAGAUACGUUUAAGAAGCGCGUUAGUAAAAACACGUUCUUCGUGUUGGUGCGAGUCGUAGAUGAACUCUGUCUUGUGGAGUUGACGGAGGACAUCCUGAGGCAGUUGAUGGAUCUUGUUUUCCGGCUGGUUUGUAACGGGGAACUGAGUCUGGCAAGAGUUCUUCGGAAGAACAUUUUAGAUAAAGUGGAACAGAAGAGACUCCUGCAACACAUGCACACGCUCAAACCGCUCGCCGCACGGGGCGUCUCUGCCAGGCCCGGCACGUUGCAUGAUUUCCGCAGUCACGAGAUCGCAGAUCAGCUGACGUUGCUGGACGCAGAACUUUUCUACAAGAUCGAGAUUCCUGAAGUGUUGCUUUGGGCAAAGGAACAGAAUGAAGAGAAAAGUCCAAAUCUGACCCAGUUCACAGAGCACUUUAACAACAUGAGCUACUGGGUGCGCUCUAUAAUCAUCCAGCAGGAGAAAGCUCAAGACAGAGAGAAACUUCUGCUCAAAUUCAUCAAAAUCAUGAAGCACUUGCGGAAGCUCAAUAACUUCAAUUCUUAUUUGGCAAUACUUUCUGCGUUGGACUCUGCACCAAUCAGACGACUGGAAUGGCAAAAACAGACAUCUGAGGGCUUGGAGGAGUACUGCACUUUGAUUGACAGUUCGUCGUCUUUCCGAGCUUACAGAGCUGCUUUAUCUGAAGUGGAACCUCCAUGUAUUCCCUACCUGGGUUUGAUUCUACAGGAUCUGACGUUUGUACAUCUUGGUAACCCAGAUUUUAUUGAGGGAAAAGUGAAUUUCUCCAAACGUUGGCAGCAGUUCAACAUCCUAGACAGCAUGAGACGAUUCCAGCAAAUACACUACGAACUGAAACGGAACGAAGACAUCGUCUCGUUCUUCAACGACUUUAGUGAUCAUCUAGCCGAGGAGGCAUUAUGGGAACUUUCGCUCAAGAUCAAACCGCGAAACAUCUCGCGGCGCAAGACGGACCGAGAGGAGAAGACCUAGAACCUCAAAUCUAGAACCUUAGAGACAAUUUAUAGUGAGACCUGAACCUCCUUCAGAACCUAAGGAACCCAUGCUAGGCUGUUUCUGAGUUCUACGUCUGGUUCCGGAACGGAUACGUGAGAUCGAGUUUGCACCAAUAAACUGCAACAACGGCAGACUUUUACACUCAAGAGGAAAUCCAAACUCAGUAUAAAUAAAAGAAUAUUUACAGAUAUUAAACGUACACCCUCGGACACACAUAGUGGGCGAAAGAGGACUCAAACGCUAAAUAUAGUAAAGCAAAAUCCUCCGAACUUUCUAUGCGUGUGUGGGUAUAUAGUGCGACGCACACUCUAUAAGAGGGCUUUGUUCAUUGAUAUUAAUACACUGUGCUUGUUGAAGUGUUCAUUUUUUUUGUCUCGCUCGGAUGUUUCGUUUGACCUUCCAAAGGUCAAUCGCCCAUUCAGACUGAACUGUUGAUGUAUUCGCCAAUUUGGUGCUGCCCAAUUGGAAAUGUGCAACUGAGUCGACCAGUUACCAUUCAGACUGUUGGAUUGGGACACGGGAGGACAACUGUGCAAUCUUUCAUCGUUAUAAAGGAAUAUUCACUGAUCUGUUGAAAUUAAUAUUAUUUGACAGACUAUGAGUAAUGGACUAUAUGGUAUAUAUGAAUUAGAAAAUGAAAGUAUGAACUGGACGUUGGACGCAUUUCUCAUGUCAACUUUCUGUUGUUUUGUGAGUGCCCUUGUGCAACCCUCGAUAUAACGGUUUACCCUGUUGCUGUGCUGACAGCCCCUGUUUGGGUGAAUCUAGCAAAAACGUUUGAGAACAAUUCCGGGUCAUGUUUCAGACUGAAAUAAAAAGAAAAAUCAUAUAAAAAGUUAUUUUUUGCCUGUCAAAUUUAAUCACAAUUUAAAAUUUAUGCAUUGUGAAAUACUUCUUAUGAUAAUUUAAUGCAUUUUGUCGUCCUUCCUGAAAAAAGUUAAUUGUAAAGUGCAUUUUAACAAUACAAUUUAAGUAUAUACCAUGGCAGUAUUUGUUGUAUUAAAUCUAAUUUAUGCUGGGCCUCAUUCAUUAAACAUGACGAGAUCAAAAGUUAAUGCAAGAAUGCCAAAUUGUAUGCAACAGUUUACAUGUGAUGAAUGAUUCACAGAAAUGUGGCCUUGAGCUAAUAAAUCGUUAGUAAGGCCAGUUUUACGUAAUAUCUUGAAUUGAAUGUGACAGUUUACGCUAGAAUGGUUUUAUGAACAAUUCACACAGAAAUCUGUCCCUGACCAGUAAAU